GACGCUCCUCUACCACCGCCAAUCGGCGAAGACGUACGCAUGCAGGACGCUGCCCGAAGAGAGCCAACAUCACCUCGGGAUGCCUACCCAAGUCAGGUUCCCGCUCGUCCUCGCAACGCACCUGCUGCACCUACCAAGUCAAACGUGCUCGGCGUCUUUGGUCUGUCGGUCAACACCCGCGAAAGAGACCUAGAAGACGUCUUUACACGCAUUGGCGAGGUCGACAAAGUCGUCGUUGUCUAUGACCAACGAAGCGAACGCUCACGUGGCUUCGCCUUUGUGACCAUGCGCUCGGAGGAUGACGCAGAGAAAGCCAUCGCAGACUUGAACGGCCAAGAAAUCGACGGACGUCGUGUCCGAGUCGACUAUUCACUCACCACUCGCCCUCACAGACCUACACCCGGUGAAUACAUGGGCUACAGACGCGACGAGUUCCGAGAGGGCGCUUUCGGAGGUGGUGGCGCCAGACACUACGACAACCGCCGUCCGGUCUACCGUGACGACCGCCGAGAUGAUCGGUACAGCAGCCGAAGCUAUCGCGAUGACCGACCGCACUACGACGAUCGCCGAGGCGACUACCGCGAUGAUCGCAGACGCGACUAUUACGACGACGACAGACGUGACUACGAUGAUCGUCCCCGCCGCCGCUACUCGCCUCCCUCGCCGCCUCGUCGCCGUUCGGAGUCGCCCCGCCGCCGCUCAGCUUCACCUGCUCCGACUAUUCACCCCCUCGGCCUCGCUAUGAAGAAUGAUGGCGCUGACAUGAUGCAGAUGAUGCGCGCGCAACCAAAAGCGAGAGGAAAAAAGGCAUUGUCAUCUAGGAUAAGCCAAGAGGACGGCACUGUCACGCUUCAAAGCUAA